GAUGGUAUUGGUAAUGGUGGUUCCUGGAUCACUCAAUCUUUACAGAGAAAGCCGAGAGGGGAGAUAAGAGGAGGCAAGCGGAAGAACACGUAAGCGAGAGAUGUUUGGAGGAAUGGGAAUGGCUUCCCAUCUCUCCCCUACGCAGCCUCCAACAGUUUCAAGUCUUGCUCUCCCGAGGAACCAUCACCACCAGCACAACCCACCUAGGACCUCCUAUGUGAAGCCAGAUAGGCUUAAUCUGCGAGCCAGUUUGGAAGAUGAGAGCCACCCGCCGAGGAAUUCGGGAGAUUCAUCUGAACCUUUAAAGAUGAAGAAGGGAGUACAACCAAUAAUCACAAGACGGUGGUGUCUUACAUGUGUAUGUUCGACUCUGACUUUGAUAAACAUUUCGAAUGGUUCUAUCGCUGCAUCAGAGGCCGCUGCUUUGGAAGGGAAAGAAAGACCUGUAUGCCGGAAUUGUGGGGGCAGUGGUGCCAUAAUAUGUAAGUCCUGCAACUAUUUUUUUCUCGAGGAAGUUCACUGAGUGUUUGCAUAAUUU